UUCAAAAGACAAAAGUUUAUGCCUUAGCUGGUUAUUAUAAUCUCAAGAUGACAUAGGAAUUAGAUAUUAACUUCAGAUUUUCAAAAAGUUUGAGUAUUAAACGCGUAGGAAAUCGUGAUAGUACCCUAGAUCAAAGUGAUUGAUUCGUAAAAUGUUCGGCGCGCCCUUGAACGUGAAAUCGUUCUGAUUCUAAUUUAUUUUCGGAUUCUGACAACGCACAUUUUCCCCUUUUUGCUAAAUUGCCUAAAAGAUAAGUUUAUAUAGACUUCGAGACUAUGACAUGUCGUCAUAACAGAUGCGCAUGAAAUGACAAAAGCUAAAAAAACGUUCUUCAGGAGGACAUCGCGCAGAAAUCAUCUUUGCACGCGACGGAGAGCAGAGAUAAGUAGAUACCACCCGUGUACACACGCUCUUGUAACCAACCAGAAAGCAGAAAUCGUUACUGUUUAAAUGUGUAAAAAAACGUUACGGCGUUUACCGCAUAAAGCAGGCGGCACGAGGGCUCAUUUGCUGACCACCCCCUCCCGUACCCUGUGAAUUAAAAGCGUCAAUUAAGUCUACUUUGGUUAUAGUUUAAAAACAAAACCCCAUGCAUAUCAAGAUAAAACAUCAAUUAUAAAGAAAAUUUUUAAAAAUGCUGGCGUUUAAUUAACUUCCUUUAAAUUCUUAAAAGAAUAUAUUUGCAAUUAAACGCACCUGGUAUGGCCUUGAUAGAAAGGAAAUUUCUUUUUUUUGAAAUCCUCGUUUUAUUUCUAACAGAGUUGUUGGACAUUUUACAAUUUCUUUUAGCUUGAUUUGGAUUCAUUAGAACCCGGAAGUGCAAUGUCGACAAUAUUCUUACAUUUUAAAAUUAAUACAGGACACUGAAGUAGUGGCAAUCUCGACGAACCAGACUGCGUGAAUCCUAUGCCCGAAUAACUCGAAGAUUGGUCAACGGGUAAAGGUGCAUGAUCUGCUUACCAUUUCAGUACAGUAAACGCAAGAGCCGAGCGGGUAAACGAGAUGCUAUCCUUUCGAAUGAGAGCGAUGCUAAACUCGAGUAUGGACGACGCAAUAAAGGACUAUGUACCGCUACAACAGCACCCUACAAUCUCAAUAUUCUUCAUCGCCAUCAAUUCUAUCAUAGGAAUCCUGAGCAUCUCUGGCAACACCCUCGUCCUGUAUGUCAAGGGCAAGGAAAACCGCUCAAGCCCAGAGUCGAAUCGCACUAAGAUCAGAUACUUUGUAAUGAGCUUGGCAUUGUCUGACAUCCUGGCAGGCCUGAUAAGUCUACCGGUGACAAUACUAAUGGCUAUAUUGUACAGAGCACAGACAGACCUGAUGUGCAAAGUAGUUAGGUACAUAGGCAUAGUAGGGCCUGUAGUCACUACCAAUAACUUGGUGGUGAUGGCUUUAGAGAGGUAUGCAUGUGUGUUCUACCCGCUAAAGGUCCCUAGUCGUCAUACUAUUAUUCAAUGCAUUAUCAUAGCCUGGGUUACAGGAUCUCUGUUGACUUUGCUGCCAGCAAGAGCUUACAACGUGAUACCAGUAGACAUUGAUGAUAGGUCAUACACGAUGCAAUGCCGGGUUGACCCAAUGCAUAAACAUUUAUUUCUAGGGUUUAGUAUAUGCGCGUAUGUACUGCCUUGUGCUGGCCUUAUUGCCACCUCUGCUGCUAUCGGACGUUUAUUGUAUCGCAAACGCAACAGAAUAGGUGAAGAGAACCAGCCAUCACCCAGAGAGCAUGCUAGCCGUUUUCAGGGCAGUAGAAUGCUUAUUGCAAUCACCUUUGCCAUGAUCUUGCCUUAUAUUACUUACUUUACCUAUUUAAACAUAUCCUUAUAUGUAAAAGCACCCAUCAGCUUUACUUCAGAUUGCAUCAUUCGCAUGAUCAUGACUACUGCGUGCUAUUCAAAAGGGUUUUUCAAUGUUCUGAUCUAUAUUUAUUACAUGAAGAACAUUGGAAAAACGCUGAAAGCCAUUGUCUGCAGAAAAAAGACUGGGCCAGAUCAAAGCUUAUCCCAUGGUGCUACAAUCGCAAAUACUGAAGAGCUGCAGGGUAUCCCAAGAUAAUGUCCGGAAAGAAUAAACAAAAUGAAAAAAGAGAGUAACAGUACACAA